GGUGAAAGUUCAACUUUUUUGGAAGGUUUGGGUGAUCAUCUGCUUAUUUGGGCUCGAUCUAGAAGCUAUCUGAGACACAAAGUGUAAGCGACAAAAAGCACCACCACCAUGGGUUCCAUCCCGGCGCAGUGGUUGCCCCACUGGGAGGCCGGUUACCUGCGGACCGCCUGCCUGACCGUGCUGGUUGCCGUGGCCGUCCAGUUGGUGUUCAGGUUCCUCCGUGCGUUACUAUGGAAACGGUACAUUCAGAAAGUCCUGGCACCAUUCCCAGGACAACCUGCACACUGGCUGUUUGGUCAUAUGAGAGAGGUCCGGCCGGAUGAAACCGGUUUCACCAUCGUGCCACAGUGGGCAGCGAAGUUCAAGUUUGCCUUCCCGCUCUGGAUCGGGCCGUUCCGCGUGGUUCUCAGCCUCGUGCAUCCCGACUACAUCAAGGAGAUCGUCAACUCACCAGAACCAAAGGACAGGGUGUCAUAUGCCUGGCUGAAACCAUGGAUAGGUGACGGGUUGUUGGUCAGCGAGGGACAGAAAUGGUUCCGUAACCGGCGCCUCCUCACGCCGGGGUUUCACUUCGACGUGCUGAAGCCGUACGUCAAGGUCUUCUCUGAAUGUACCAACAUCAUGCUAGACAGGUGGGCAGAUCUGGCACCUGGCACACCUGUGGAGAUGUUCCACUACGCCAGCGCCAUGACACUGGACAGCCUGAUGCGAUGUGCGCUCAGCGUGCGCUCGGACUGCCAGCGGGACAGCGACGGGAGUCCGUACAUCCGCGCCGUGUACGACCUGACGAAGUGCGUGGUGGAGCGUGGUCGCUUCCCACCGUUUCACAUUCCCCUCAUCUUCCACCUCAGUCCAACUGGCUUUAGAGUCAUUUGGGUCCAGUUUUCCACCCAAGACGAAGACGGAAAGGGUUUGUCGGAGCGAGAGAUCCGUGACGAGGUAGACACCUUCAUGUUCGAGGGUCACGACACCACGGCGAGCGGUGUGUCCUGGAUCCUCUACAACCUGGCCAAACACCCGGCCUGCCAGGACAGGUGCCGCGCUGAGGUGGACGCAGUGCUGCAGGGGAGGGCAGAGGUCAAAUGGGAGGACCUGUCCAAGCUGCCCUACACCACCAUGUGUAUCAAGGAGAGUCUGCGGAUGCACUCCCCUGUCCCGGGGGUGACACGGCUCACCACACAGCCGCACACCUUUCCUGAUGGGAGAAGCAUCCCCGCAGGUGUUUCUGUGAGCAUUGGAGUGCACAGCUUACAUCAUAACAUCCAUGUGUGGGGAGACAACGUCAUGGAAUUUGACCCUGAGCGUUUCUCGCCUGAGAACUCCAAGGGCCGCUCUUCCCAUGCCUUCAUUCCUUUUUCAGCUGGAUCUCGGAACUGCAUCGGUCAGCACUUUGCCAUGAACGAGCUGAAGGUCACGGUGGCGCUGACCCUCCAGAGGUACCGGUUAGAACUGGACGAGACCAGACCUCCGUACCGGGUCGCUCGCCUCAUCACCAGGACCAGGGACGGUCUGUGGCUCAAGGUCUACCCCAGAGGAGCAGACAACUAGGGGAACCCACGUGGGGAUACAUGUAUAAUAAUAAUAAAGUUUAUUGCAAAUUCUUGCCUGAGGACUUCUUGCCGGUAACAUGAAAGGGACAAACAGUGUAGAGCAGUAUAGAAUAUGUCUAUGUUUAAAAGCUAAAAUGUAACUUGUUCAUAAGACACCAACUUGCAAAUACGUGUAUAUUGUAUAAUACACCCAUGUUGGAAUUCUUGUAUAACUGAUCCAUAUUGUUUAACUUGGGAAUGCUUCUAUAACAGACCCAGGAAUAUACUUUAGGAAUGUGCUUGUAUGUACAAUGUACAAGAAUUACAUGUAUAUAGAGUGCAUGGAUUGUAAACCCAUGUAGUAAAAUAUGUAAUUCUUUGUGGUACUGGCAUUUACCGGUAUGCUUGAUUUAGGAAUUGUGUUUAGAUAUUUAAAAAUAUAUAUUUAUGUCAAACUGUGAUAUGUUGGUGUGACAAAAUGGAAAAGAGUAUGAAUCAAACUGCUUUUCGCGGUGGAUUAGUUCAUUGACAGGUGAUUAGCAAAAAGGAUUUUAUCAUAACAUAUAUCAUUCCAUCCAAGGAGUUGUUUGGAUUGACAUUUGGCUAGGGUUUAUCGCCAUUGCUGCUACUGACUGUGUUCAUGCUUGUGACUUUCUAAUGACAGACAGAUGUUGUGAAAUUGCUGAAAACACAAUGUGUGCUACAAAAUGAGACAAAAAGUGUGAUCAUGUAAACCAACAUUUUUGAGCGAUUAAAUCUUGACAACUGUAGUUGCAAAUU